AAACCCAACGGCUCCAACCAUCCAUUCCAGGCACCGGGACGGAAGACGCCGCUACCCCCCAUGUGCUUAGAGUCGACCAGAAUUAGAGCCGCGUUCAAAUAUAUAAAUACCACGGUCUCCAUCCUGGUGUUCAUCGUCGGCAUGGUGGGGAAUUCAGCGCUGUUGAAAAUCAUAUACGUAAACAGAUGCUUGAGAAGCGGACCCAACCUGCUAAUUGCCAGCCUGGCUUUGGGGGAUCUAAUACACAUCGUGAUAGACAUUCCAAUCAACGCGUACAGGCUCAUGGCGGAGGACUGGCCGUUCGGCUUGGCGCUGUGCAAACUGGUCCCGUUCAUACAGAAAACUUCUGUCGGGAUUACCGUGUUGAGCUUAUGUGCAUUGAGCAUCGACAGAUAUCGAGCUGUUGUAUCCUGGAAUCGAAUCAAAGGCAUCGGCGUUUCAGUGUGGACCACAGUAGAAAUAACUCUGAUAUGGGUUAUUUCCACCAUGCUGGCUGUGCCUGAAGUGGCGGGCUUUGAUAUGAUAACAAUGGACUAUAAAGGAAAGCAUCUGAGAAUAUGCCUGCUUCAUCCCAUGCAGACGACACGGUUCAUGCAGUUUUAUAAAUUGGCAAAAGACUGGUGGCUCUUUGGCUUCUACUUUUGCAUGCCGCUGGCUUGCACGGCUCUCUUCUACGCACUGAUGACGAGGAAGAUGCUGAGGAAUACCGAGAAUACAUUAAGCGAACUCACCAAACAGAGACGAGAAGUGGCGAGAACCGUCUUUUCUUUGGUUCUUGUUUUUGCCAUCUGCUGGUUGCCCCUUUACUUAAGCAGAAUCUUGAAAUCCACCAUUUAUGACGAGGGGGAUCCGAACAGGUGUCAGCUACUCAGCAUCUUUCUUAUUCUGGACUAUUUCGGCAUCAACAUGGCCUCGAUCAACUCGUGCAUCAACCCUAUUGCACUGUACAUGGUCAGCAAGAGAUUCAAAAGAUGUUUUAAGGCAUGCCUGUGCAGUUGGUGCCUACCUCUUCAAGCUGUUACCCGUGAUGAGGCGCAGUCUGUUUUGAAGUCCAAAAUGCAGGAACAAGUCUCAGAUCACGGCAACAUCAAAGCUAAUGGACGCGCCUCGACACCCCCACACGAGCAGGAAACCGCCUAG